AUGAAGGCACGUUUUGCUUCACGUUUCGUUACCUCUGAACAACACAAGAUUGAACAUUUUGUUGACGGUCUGAGGAGAGAGAUUAAAGAAUUUGUAUCGAAUUGUGAUCUUACAAGUUUUCGGAGAGCGGUUGAAUGUGCUAGACGACGAGAACACGAACUUUCUCUCUAUGGUGAAUUCACACCCGAACCAAAGAGACAGAGAACUAAAAUAACAACUUCUGUACCUAUAAACCGACCUAAUCGAUCUUUCACCCCAAGAAGGAGUCAGUCUCAGAGUGCUCCUCGAGCCCCAUCUCGAGCCUAUUCCAUGCAGUCAAACACACCUCGCGCAUGCCAACGAUGUGGCAAGGCGCACUCGGGACGAUGUUUCUCUGAACCGUCCAAAAUUUUGUGUUAUUCCUGUGGUGAAGUUGGGCAUAUUCGUACAAAUUGCCCAAGACGAGAUCGAGCGUGUUAUACUUGUGGAGCUUAUGGACAUCGUCAGCUUAAUUGUCCAAAUGCCCAAUGUGAGGAUAGUAAGGCCUCAGUAUGA